GUUCACCGCUGGUCUCACUUCAACCGCGUCCAACAUGUGAAGGCAGGAGCAAUGGGUUUGGAAGCACCUAUACAACAUGUCGCUACUCCGAAUGGAGUCAAGCCGGAAAGCAAGAAGGCGCGGCCAUCCAUGGAUCCGAACGUCCACAAUGCGGUGCUCGGUUCACUGCUCAUCAAACCUUGGUACCCGUCCUUCUACCCCGAGGAGCUGGUAGGGAGGGAGGUAGAAAGGCUAUAUAUAUGCCAAUGGUGUUUCAAGUACUCAAAGGAUCUCAUUAAUGAGUUCCUUGGUCACCUUAAAGUUUGUCCUCUAAAAGAUACCCCACCCCCCGGCGCAGCGAUAUACACCAAAGAUGGCUAUUCGCUGCACGAAAUCGACGGCGAGGAGAAUAAGCUCUAUUGCCAGAACCUGUCGCUCUUCGCGAAGCUCUUCCUGGACACCAAAUCUGUCUUCUACGACGUAACUACCUUCCUCUACUACCUCCUCGUCGCUCAUGACCCAACGCCGCCCGUGCCUGUGACGAUCCCUGGCAUUCCAAAUUCGGUCAACGGACAAGUGGUCGGCUUCUUCAGCAAGGAAAAGAUGAGUUGGGACAACAAUAACCUGGCGUGUAUCCUGGUCUUCCCGCCCUGGCAGCAGAAAGGUCUUGGUCAAAUCCUCAUGGGAGCAAGCUAUGAGCUCAGCAAGCGUGAAGGGAGGCUGGGAGGGCCGGAAAAACCUCUCUCUGAACUCGGCAAGCGUGGCUACCAGUCAUACUGGUCUCACACAAUCGCUCGCACGCUGCUCAGUGCACCGCAGAAGAAGACACUCACGGUCACGGAUAUUAGAGAUCAGACGUAUAUCGUACAGGAAGACAUCAUCGCGACGUUACAGGCGAUGCAGGUAUUGGACCGCAAGAAACGGGGUGGAGCUGAAGCCGUGAUUAACAAGGCUAAGGUGAGGGCGUGGGCGACUGAGAACAAAGUCGAUUUGAACCCACCUGUGGAUGUGGAGGGUUUCGUAGAAAUGGAAGAGGAGGAAGAGGAAGAGAAAUGAUGCUUAUGUUUGAAGACUAUGGAACGCUCGAGCGCUCUGUCACAGGCCCACAAAAACACUGGCAGGACAUUCGGAGAGAAGCAAUCAGGCGUUCACCUCACGAGCGCAAGGCUCCCUUAGACACUUAUUACGAAAACUUUAUACCCCCAAUACCAUUUCAUUUCCCAUUCCG